GACCCUUUUGGGUGCUUGUCACCAAAUCCCCAGGUCUGAGUCUUUGUUGCCAGAAUGGCAGUGAGAUUAAAACCUCUGCUUUCACUUCCAUUACCUCCUUGCCAUUUCAAUUAUUCUCCACGACCCUUUGUCUAUUUUUCAAAGAAAUCCCAGCCAACAAUCUCUGCAGCGAAAAUGGCUACCAGUGGAACAGAUAAAACAUCUCCUUCCCCCACAAAAAUAAUAGAUUCACAUUUGCACGUGUGGGCAUCUCCGCAAGAGGCUGCGGAUAAAUACCCUUACUUUCCUGGCCAAGAACCCACUUUACCAGCACAUGUCGAUUUCUUACUUGAGUGUAUGAAAGAAGCAGGUGUAGAUGGUGCACUGAUUGUACAGCCCAUUAACCAUAAGUUUGAUCAUUCUCUGGUGACAAGUGUCCUGGAGAAGUACCCAACCAAAUUUGUUGGUUGCUGCCUUGCAAAUCCGGCAGAAGAUGGAAGUGGGGUUAAGCAAUUUGAAGAUCUAGUUUUAAAGGAUGGCUAUCGAGCUGUUCGCUUUAAUCCAUAUUUAUGGCCAUCUGGUCAACAGAUGACAAAUGAAGUUGGGAAGACAAUUUUCUCCAGGGCAGGAGAACUUGGAGUACCAGUGGGUUUUCUGUGUAUGAAGGGUCUCAGUCCACAUGUUUCGGAGAUUGAGAAACUGUGCACAGAAUUUCCAUCUACAAUUGUUUUCCUCGAUCAUUUCGCAUUCUGCAAACCACCAACAAAUGAUGAUGAAAGGCUGGCCUUUUCUGAGCUUCUUAAGCUAUCUAGAUUCCCACAGGUUUAUGUAAAACUCAGCGCAUUCUUCAGGGUGUCAAGAAUGCCAUUUCCAUAUCAGGAUUUAUCCCAGCUCUUGUCCCAGAUUGUCUCCAGCUUUGGUGCUAACCGUGUGGUGUGGGGCAGCGACUUCCCGUAUGUUGUUCCUGAAUGCGGUUAUAAGGGAGCAAAAGAAGCAGCGGCUGUUCUUGCCAAUCAAGUUCCCUUAUCAUCGUCUGAGUUGGAGUUGAUCAUGGGUAAAACGAUCAUGCAACUCUUCCAAGGCCAAUGGCUUCAGUCCUAAGCAAUGUUAUCAACUUAAAAUGUUUGCGUGGAGUAUUGACAAAUUGUUAUUGUACCGAGAAGAUGGAAAUCUUCACUCCUCUUGGUCAUGUAAUUCCAACAAUAAAUCGUAAAAUAUUUUACAGCAUAA